AUGCCACAAGGCACGGGCAGUGCAGUGAGGGAGGGGGAGGCAUUUCAGGGCCGUAUUUAUUUGCCCCACGGAGGAGGAAGGUGUCGUGGUCGCCACAGGCCCAUAGCUCUCUCUCUCGCUCUCUCCCACUCUCCCAUCGCGGAAACACACGCACACGCAAGUCCCGGGCGGGAGCGCCACUGGGACGGACGAAGGCUCCACGCCAAAUGGCACCCGCGUCCAGGCACGGACUGCGGCGAGACACCGAGAGACGUCCCCCAGGGGCAGGCACGGCCCCAGGCGUCCCCCGCCUGCCCAUUCCUGUCGCUUCAGCCCCCACAAGGUGAAAAGCGGGGCGCCAUUCGUGCCGCGGCAAGUGCACUUACCCCACACGCCCCACUGCAAGCCACGCCAAAGAGCGCCGCAGAGAGGAAGACCGGGAAAGCGACAACCGUUGCAACGUGUGUUCCCCAGCUCCCACUCCGGCGUUGUUCCUGUGCGGGGCAGAAGCCGCAGAAAAGCGCCGCUGCCUUUCACGCGGCGCACGGGGGCCCUGCGGCAGAGGCGCCGUUCGGCCUCCGACAGCGCGGGCCUCGGGCCGCACGCAACACGCACUGCGUGCGUCAAGCUUGGCUUCUUUUUCUUCCCCCACCCCCACCCCCUAGAAACUCCGCGCGAUUGCUGCAGAGCGAGGCAGAAAAGCAGACGGUCAUGAAGGACAACGUACGCAAGCAAAACGGUGUCCUGCAGCUCUCCUCGCAGGGGCUCAAUAAAAAAAAGUAA